AUGAUUCUGAACUGUCGUGAUGUUGCUGCUGGCCUGGAGACCUCCCUGAAGCUUCAUCAUCCACAGGAAAAUAUUUUGAUUUUAGGUUUCGAGUUGUUCAACCUCGGAUUGGUCCUGGACUGCUUUCUGGAGUCGAACGCCGAUUCUGAUUGGCUGAGAGCUAUGGCCAGUACAUGUGUCCUCACAAAGUACUUCAUCAUGGGCUUGAAAGUUGACCAACGUCCGGAAGGUGGCCCUUUUCCUCGAACUCCUCUGGACCGGCUUGCUCCUCCAGUGCUGCGCGGGGCCGACCUUGAACGAGAGGCCGCCGGAAGGCCUUUGGGUUCGCUCCUCUUUCAAGCCGAGGAGUUCCUCGAGCAUCACGCGGAUGUCUUCCUCCACCAGAGUGCCUGGUUCAAAGUCGCCUUUGAGAUUCAUGAAACUUUGAAGGAUCUCGAAUGG